GAGCCAAUGAGUGCAAGAUGUUGAGUGACAGCUGUCCAAUAGGGACCCUCAGUGCUAGUAUGGUUUGCGGCUUAAGCGGCGCCGCGGCCUGAGGAAUGCCAACUAUUCAACAUGGAGGAGGAGGUCGAUAAGCUGGAAUUGAUGUUCCAGAAAGCUGACUCUGACCUGGAUUACAUUCAAUACAGGCUGGAAUAUGAAAUCAAGACUAAUCAUCCUGAUUCAGCAGGCAAGAAAAAUCCAGUUACACUCUUACAGGAAUUGUCAGCAAUAAAGUCUCGAUAUCAAACUUUGCAUGCACGCUUUAAGCCAAUUGCUGACGAGCAGAAAGAGACUAAGAGCCGCAUUUGUGCUACUUUCAAUAAGACUAUGGCCACACUACAAGAACUACAGAAGCAAACAAACCUGGAGCUGUCACCACUGACUGAAGAAGAGAAAACUGCGGUACAACAAUUAAAAUCUCACAUGUCAGACUUAUGAAGAAUGGACUUGCAAAGGGGAACUCCAAUAAGGAAGAGAUCGAUUCCAGAGAGAUUUAGGAAAGUGUCUUGUUAACACUUGGUGACCACAGGUGGCGGGGUAUGGUGAAGGAGAAGAGUUGGCCUGGGUGACUAGAAAGUGAUACCUUUCAGAAGAGAAGGGAAUCUCUUCUCUUAAGAUUAGUAUCUGCCUAAGAAGGGCAGAUAUUAAAUUUCAGCCAAAAGGAUGGAAUGGGAAUAAAGAGAUUUAAUAUAUGUAUGUACACAUGCUUAGUUUUGCAAUGUCAUACAGGAAAGUAUUAACACUCUUUUGCAUCUGUUCUUUUAUAAUCAGGGUAACACCAAUGUGCUGGCCCAUCAUAAAAGAAUGUUUAUAUACUAACAGUCAGUCAAAUAUGAAAGCAUGCUUUAAAAGAUAGAAAAAUAUUUAUAUUAUGUUACAUAUUAUGUAUAUUACAGAAUUUUCUAUUUUUGAAAAUUUUGAAGAUGUGGUCACAUUAUCAGUGAGACUGCUAUGUGACCUAGUCUCCUAUAAAACCUAACUUUUGUAAUAAGUUAGUUUUUCUAUGAGAGCCUCACUUUUAUUUUUGUCCUGUUCCUUCUGUUUACUGAUGUUGAGGAGCAUGAGUUCUGCUUUCAAAUGCUUUUAGGCUAUUCCUAUUGUAUUUCAAUAUGACCUUUGUUCUCCUUCAGCCUAUAUUAGUGUAAUUGUUCAUUUUAUGUGAAAGAUAUAAAAUGAAAUCAUAAGAGCACUGGUGACCCCUAUUUGCCAGUUAUGUGUCUUCCUUCCUCCCUCCCUCCCUCCUUUCUUUUCUUCCUUUCAAGGGGAGAGAGAGAAACAUCAAUUGGUUGCCUCUUGCACAUGCCCUGACCAGGUACUGAACCCCCAACCCAGACAUGUACCCUGACCAGGAGUCAAAGUGGCCACCCUUCCCAUUGAAGAAUGAUGCCCAACCAACACGGGUCAGGACUCCUUAUUUUUUAAAAAUAACUUGACGAUUAAGCAAUUGUCCAUAGUAGGAGGCAGAUCUUGAUACAAAUGUUAAUCACAGGGUUAUUUAUAAUAGCAAUACACACAUCUGGCUAAUAGCAGGCAAAUAAGAAAAUAAAUCACAGUGUACCUAUGCAGUAAGAGGUCAGAGGUGUCUAUAAAUUAUUAGUUAAAAGUUCUGGGAAAUGCUGAAUGGGAAAGGGGAAGCAGAUACGUAUUGCAGUCUUGAAGACUGGGCUCUGACAUCCUGAGAUGUAAAUAGCCAGUUUUAAAUUCCAGAUGUGUGACCCUGAACAAAUCACUUAACUUUUAUGUGACUGGAUGGUUGGAAGCACGAUGAGAUGGUGUUGGAUUUUGAAAGAUAAAAAUGAAGGAUAAAUGAUCUUUCCAUAUAUGUAAUAAAAAUGAGGCAUUGGAAGGACUAGGAAAAUGCAUCAAAUGUUGUGCCUGCAGGCUAUAGGAUUGCACUUUAAUAUAAAAUUUAAAAAUUUGUUAUGAGAAUAUUUGUUCAUCGACCAACAGGGAAAACAGGAUUUGGGAGAGAGAAAACAGGGUUGGGAGUGUAGCUACAGUUAAAAUUGUCCUGUCUUGUUUAAAUAUGUCAAGAACAGAAAGUGCCCCCUUUUU